GACAGAUGAGUGACCACCCCCUGAAGGAGAUGUCUGACAGCAACAGCAGCCCCCUCCUGCCAGAGCCUCUUGCCAGCAGAUACAAACUGUACGAGUCGGAGCUGAGCAGCCCUACCUGGCCUUCGAGCUCCCAGGAUACGCACCCAGCCCUUCCUCUCCUGGAAAUGCCUGAAGAAAAGGAUCUCCGGUCAUCUGAUGAAGACAGCCACAUAGUGAAAAUUGAAAAGCCCAACGAAAGGAACAAGAGGAGAGAAAGUGAGGUGCCCCGCAGGGCUUCUGCUGGCCGGGGAGGCUUCAGCCUCUUCCAAGCUCUGGGCUACCUCACUGGGGACAUGAAGGAAUGCAAGAACUGGCUGAAGGAUAAGCCCCUGGUCCUCCAGUUCCUAGACUGGGUCCUGCGGGGAACAGCUCAGGUGGUAUUUGUCAACAACCCCCUUAGUGGGUUCAUCAUCUUCAUAGGGCUCCUGAUCCAGAAUCCCUGGUGGACAAUUACUGGAGCAUUGGGGACAGUGGUUUCGACCUUAGCUGCCCUUGCCUUAAGCCAGGACAGGGCCGCCAUCGCCUCUGGACUCCACGGCUACAACGGGCUGCUGGUGGGACUGCUGAUGGCCGUGUUCUCGGAGAAGUCAGGCUACUACUGGUGGCUUCUGUUCCCUGUGACCUUCACCUCCAUGGCCUGCCCAGUUAUUUCUAGCGCUUUGAGUAGCAUCUUCGCCAAGUGGGAUCUGCCGGUCUUCACACUGCCCUUCAAUAUUGCCCUAACCCUGUACCUGGCAGCCACAGGCCACUACAACCUCUUCUUCCCCAUGACACUUAUAGAGCCUGUGUCUUCGGCUCCCAAUAUCACCUGGACAGAGAUUGAAAUGCCUUUGCUGUUACAAACCAUCCCCGUUGGGGUCGGCCAGGUCUACGGCUGUGACAACCCCUGGACAGGCGGCAUGAUCCUGGUAGCUCUGUUUAUCUCCUCGCCACUCAUCUGCUUGCAUGCAGCCAUAGGGUCGAUCGUGGGGCUGCUAGCAGCACUGACUGUGGCCACACCCUUUGAGACGAUCUACCUGGGCCUAUGGAGCUACAACUGUGUCCUCUCCUGUAUCGCCAUUGGAGGCAUGUUCUAUGCCCUCACCUGGCAGACACACCUGCUGGCACUUGUCUGUGCCCUGUUCUGUGCAUACAUGGGAGCAGCCCUCUCCAAUAUGAUGGCAGUGGUUGGCGUGCCACCAGGCACCUGGGCCUUCUGUCUCUCCACCCUCACCUUCCUUCUCCUGACGAGCAACAACCCUGGCAUCUACAAGCUCCCGCUCAGCAAAGUCACCUACCCCGAGGCCAACCGCAUCUACUUCCUGACAAUGAAAAGCAAUGAGGAAGAGAAGUCCCCCAAUGGUGGCAGUGGAGAGCAGUCACACGGAGCAGGCCAGUGGAAGGCAGAGGAGGGCCCCGAGACUGUGCUCCCAAGGCGGAGAAGCGUGUUCCACAUCGAGUGGUCAUCCAUCCGGAGGAGGAGCAAAGUGUUUGGAAAAGGUGACCACCAGGACAGACAAACCAAAGAGCCACUUCCCUACCCAUAUCGGAAGCCCACAGUGGAACUUUUUGAUCUGGACACCAUGGAGGAAAGCUCUGAGAUAAAGGCGGAAGCCAGCACGGCCAGGACUUCCUGGAUUCGGAGCUCUAUGGCCGCUGGGGGGAAGAGACUCAGCAAAGCCUUGAGCUACAUCACAGGAGAGAUGAAGGAGUGUGGAGAGGGACUGAAAGACAAAUCUCCAGUGUUCCAGUUCCUUGACUGGGUGCUCCGAGGCAUGUCCCAGGUGAUGUUCGUGAACAACCCUCUCAGUGGCAUCCUCAUCGCCCUUGGCCUCUUCGUGCAGAAUCCCUGGUGGGCCAUCUCGGGUUGCUUGGGCACGAUCGUGUCCACCUUGACUGCCCUCAUCCUGAGCCAGGAUAAGUCAGCCAUUGCGGCAGGACUCCAUGGCUACAACGGGGUGCUUGUGGGGCUCCUGAUGGCCGUGUUCUCGGACAAGGGCAACUAUUACUGGUGGCUGUUGCUCCCCGUCAUCGUUAUGUCCAUGACUUGUCCUGUCCUUUCCAGCGCCCUGAGCACCGUCUUCAGCAAGUGGGACCUCCCCGUCUUCACCCUGCCCUUCAACAUUGCCGUGACCCUGUACCUGGCAGCCACGGGCCACUACAACCUCUUCUUCCCCACGACGCUGCUGCAGCCUGCAACCGCCACACCCAACAUCACCUGGUCAAAUGUCCAAGUGCCUCUGCUUCUGAGAGCCAUCCCAGUUGGAAUCGGCCAAGUGUACGGCUGUGACAAUGCCUGGACAGGAGGCAUCUUCCUCAUAGCUCUGUUCAUAUCUUCACCUCUCAUCUGCUUGCACGCGGCCAUUGGGUCCACCAUAGGGAUGCUAGCAGCACUCAGCAUUGCCACGCCUUUUGACUCCAUCUACUUUGGCCUGUGUGGCUUCAACAGCACUCUGGCCUGCAUCGCCAUCGGAGGCAUGUUCUACGUCAUCACCUGGCAGACGCACCUGCUCGCCAUCGCCUGUGCACUGUUUGCAGCCUACCUUGGUGCCGCCCUGGCUAACAUGCUGUCCGUGUUUGGAUUACCACCUUGCACCUGGCCCUUCUGCCUCUCAGCGCUCACCUUUCUCCUUUUGACAACCAACAAUCCUGCCAUCUACAAGCUCCCACUCAGCAAAGUCACCUACCCAGAGGCCAACCGCAUCUACUUCCUGUCCCAGGAGAAAAACAGAAGGGCAUCGACAAUAACAAAGUACCAGGCCUACGACGUCUCCUAAGCUGCCCUUUCUAAGGCAUGCCACGUAAAUGCAGCCUCCAGCAACGGUCUGCAGCCCAGCCUAAAGUCCACUUACCCUCCUUUCUGUCCAACAUGCAUGUAUUCACCAGUUGGGACACACCCCCACACACCCGCUAAGAUGCACAGAACUCAUCAAAGCCAUGUUAGUUUAGACUAAAUACCCACUGAUGGCUCUUUGGGAACUCUCUCUGGGAGGAACUUGCUAGUCACUCCUUUCAGUUAUUUAGUGGAGCAAAGCAUGAUGCCAGGAAAUGUUGAUGAGCCUUCAAGGCUAGAGGGCCUGGUCCCUACCCUGCUCUACCAGUAAUGAGGUCCCACUGCCUCAGUCAGUCCUCCUCCCAUCUCAACCGGUUUUCUUGUCACCAGGGAUUUCUUUAGGACAAGGAGGGACACCAGAGUCCUUCUACCUGGAAAAUGUUUAUUCUUUUCCGUGUCCAGUAAACUAAUCAACUCAGCAUAAGCAGCAAGGAAUUGUCCUGAGCUGACUUACUUACGGGAGGGCUCCCAGAGGAGAGAGAGGAAAGUGUUAAUGUUGUAGAAGUUUAUUCUUGGGCAUGGGACCGGACGUGGGGCUAGAAACCUGAAUUCAUUGAAAAUGCCACUGUACCAUCUUUGCACCAUAGAAAUAUUUCCAGAAGCAACAUAAGGUUAAAAAAAAAUGAUUUUUCCAACAUCCA